AUUUAAUCCUUGAAGAAUAUUAAUAUUAAAUAGUAAAUACAACUUAGAUAUUUGAAUUAAUACUUUAAACAAUUUAACUUUUGAAUUAAAUUUUAAAGGCAAUAUUUAUUAUUUAUUUUUAAGUGUAUGCACUUAAUAUUACUAUCUAUUACCUAAUUGUAUCUAUUUUAACAGAAUCUGAAAAUGAAAACAUUUAUUAAAGUAAUUAUGUUAAAAAACUUUUAUAGUAGAAUGCACUCAACAAAGCAAGUGAAAUGGGAUAUCAUGGCUGGUUUAUGUCUACAACGAAAACCAAUAAUUACUAAAUCAUUAACUGAUACAGAGGUAAAUUUUCAAAAUUUUUUACAAGAAAUUGAAUUUGAAAAGAGCUUAAAAUCAGAUCACGAGCUCAGACAUGAAAAAGAUGUAAAAAGAAUGGAAAAAUUGAAAAAUGGAAAGGUUAUUGAUUUUGAUGAUGUAGAUCAAGCAUCGAGUCAAUCAGCACAAGACUAUGUAGAUAAGAACAAAGAAGAACUUUUAAAUUUUAAAUUUGCUAGUCGUUCAACUAAGGCAGAUGAAAUAAAUGAUACUAAAUCAUUAAAAAGAAAAUUAGAUGAUAAUUUAGUUUUGAUUGUUAAACAAAAAUUGGGACAAGAUGAUUUAUGGAUUUUACCACAAGGUUUGUGGAAUAAUGGAGAAACAUUAAGACAAACAGCUGAAAGAAUAUUAAGAGAAUUAUGUGGUAAUAAUAUAAAUGCUAGUUUUUAUGGUAAUGCUCCAUGCGGGUUUUAUAAAUAUAAGUAUCCAAAACAAAAACGAGAGCAAUGUAAUGUAGAAGGAGCAAAAAUAUUUUUUUUCAAAGCAAAACUUUUGGAUGGAAAUGUAGAACAAAAAGGCACAUGGACUGAUUAUGAAUGGUCAACUGUUCCAGAGCUUAAUAAGAGACUAAUUCAACCAUACAUGAAAAAUGUCAAAUUAUUUUUAUCAAAUUAUAAUGUAAACACAUAAUAGAUGAUUUUGUUCACAUUUACCUUUGUUAGCUUUAUUGAUAAUAUUUCUCAGCAAAAUAGAACAGUUUUUUAAAU